AUGGAAGGAGGGGAUCUACUGCGGAGGUACUCAUCAUUGCCGGACGCCAACCUCACCUUUGUGCCAGAACUUUUCAACAGCGACUUUGAUUCAAAAACUCAUUCUCUGCAUACAUCUAUCGUCUCUCGAACACGCAUCAAAUAUCUCAGUCUCGGUCAGAAUUUCAAACAACAAGGCCUACGAGACCCGAUCGAAGCGGUUCUACGGAUCUCACUGUUGGAUGUGUAUGAAAUGCGACAUUGCGUUUCGCACAUCGAAAGGGAAGGGCCACGGCUGCCCAACGGCGCGAAGAUCCAAAGCGUACAAGCCCAACAUGACGCAACGGAGAAGAAAGAGGAUGCUGGAACUGAGGUUAAGGAUCUACCGAAAACUGAGAAUGUGAUGUUGCCGUUCUAA